AUGUCACUCCCUCACAGCCCGUUUGGGAAGUACCCGCCGCGAUCAACACUUGAAUUGGGAAAGAAGUGCGCCCCAAUCAAGUCACCAUCGGGGUUGGCUGUGGUCGAACAGUGGGAGGAAGCCCUUUCCUACGUUAUGCCAUGUUUCUAUGCUACAUACAUACCUUAUGCAAAUAGAUCGGCUCCAGCCAGUUCAUGUGCUCUGUACUGUAAUAUCAUACCAUUCGAGCCACUCGCAAAUACUGCGUAUUGGCAAGGCAACAGAGUUUGCAGCGCCAACAAGGAAUGCGUGAGAGUUCUUGUCCCAAGCGAUCCCGAGUCCAGACAAUUCGCGCUUGUUUGUCUUGGUGUGGAGGUACUUGUACAGGAGGGCAGACUAUUGCUACUGUACACUACUGCUUGUUUCGCCGUGUACCGGUACAUUAGAGCCGGGGUGUCCUCUCCCCACAACACAACUUGUUUAGCCCCGUACGUAAGCAAGUACUGUAAGGUUACGGAACCGGUAGGUCGAGAGCUUGGUAAAUGA